AUGAGGGAUGGAACUCAGAUUAAAGAUCUGGAGGGUGGAGCAGAGAUUCAGAUCUUUGAUUCCAGAAUAGUGAUUGGCAGGGGGAAUGGUGCUUCUGAAACAAGCAGGGGAAGCUGCUGUUCCACAAGGGGCACGAAGUGGGUGUUUACGUCCAGGCUUACCUUGGAGGAGGAGGAGGAGGAGGAGCCAGUUGCUAUGGCAGCCUCCUUCCCCUAUGGGAUGCUCAGAGCAGGCAUGUACCCUGUAGAUGUUUUGGAAGAUGACCCUGACACAUAUCAGGAAGCAGCUCUGGCUUACUAUGCUUCACUUAGGGAAGGAGCUGGGGCCUCAUCUGGGGUUUUCUGUCUUCCCACUGGGGUGAAGGUGAAACUUGAAGCUUCAUAUGUCUGUUUUUGCAUGGUACACCUUGAUGAACCUCGACGUAAGAUACCGGUUUUGGUUAAUUCCCAGGACGCAAAGACAGUUGUGGCUGUUUACAUAAAGGGAUCAUUGUGGUCCACGGAAGAUGCACUAGGAACCUCUGAUCCUGCAAGACAAGGGUUGAUGAAGGUUCAGUCAUUUGGGGAAAGGAUUGUGCUUUUCAUUCUAAACGUCAUUAUUUUUGGAAGACUGGAGAGAAAUUUGGAUGAUGAUGACAUGUUUUUUCUACCUCACUCUGUGAAGGAACAAGCUAAAAUCCUGUGGAGAUGUGGAGCGGCUGUUGGGUUUUACACGACCAAGAUGGAAGGCAGCCUGUGUGGUGAUGGCACUGGUGCAUGCUACCUGCUGCCCGUCUUUGACACUGUGUUCAUCAGGAGGAAGCACUGGCGCCAAGGCUUGGGAACAGCCAUGCUGUGGGACUUCUGUGAGACAUUCCCAGAGGACGAGGCCCUAGGGGUCAGCUGCCUGAUAUCUCCUGCCAUGUACCAAGUCUGUAGGCAGUUCCUGCUGGUCUGUCCGAAGGAGCGAGGGCGCCUGUGGGAGGUGGAGCCCCUGGGGGCCUGGGGCCAGCACACCAACGUCUGGCUCAAGGUUCAACUUUACCAGGCAAAGCUUCCAGACUCACACCCAGGAAAUUCCGAGGAGAAUGUGAGCCGUCAUGCGAGGACUUCUCAGAAUGACAGACCCAGACAGUCUGCCCCUGGAGACAGCAGCAAGGAGAGGAUGCGUGGAGAAGAAUUGGAAGACACAAAGAAUGAUCCAGAGUGUGGAGUGGAAGAGGAGGAUGCCGGGCUGGCGGGGUAG